CCUUUGGGUCCUCGUCGACCUCCCAACUUGCCUUCCGCCACAACCGCACUGACUAACCGUGAGGGAGCACACAAUCAUGCCAGGCCAUCAGGAAAGAAGUAUAAGAGCUCAGCCGACAUUUUUGCCCGCCAGUGAACUCGACCCCGUCACUCCCCAUUAAAUGUCGUGGCGCAAAAGCCGCGAAGACGUCGACACGGAGACUCUGAACACAGUCGCCGCUCCACAGCCCAUCUCCCGAGCACGAAAGCUCGGAAGCCUCAUAGUCAUCUGCGUCGCCCAGCUGCUCGACAUCUUCAAUGCCUCGUCCGCCAUUAUCCUCCUGCCGACUCUCGGCCAGGAUCUUGGCUUCUCAGAGUCUGAGCUCCAGUGGGUUCUCUCGGCGUAUGCCUUGACCUUCGGCUCCCUCAUUCUCAUCUCGGGGCGCAUUGGCGACGUGUUCCACCCGAAGCCAGUCUUCUGCGCCGGAUUCCUAGUAAUGGGUCUAUUCAGCAUACCUGUCGCCGCCAGUGUGCACCCCAUCAUGACCAUCGUCUUCCGCGCGAUGCAGGGUUUGGGUGCUGCCCUCAACGUACCCACCGGUUUAUCGAUGAUCGGGACACUGUUCACAGAACCUCGGGAGAAGAGCAAGGCGUUCGCGUUGUUUGCUGCCAUCGGAGGCAUUGGCAACGUCGUUGGCCUCAUAAUUGGCGGCUUCGUGACCGUGGGGGCUUCCUGGCGAUGGGUGUAUUAUAUAUCUGCGAUAGCAAUUGUGCCGACCUCUGUCGUGUCGUGGAUAGUGCUUCCGGAUGUUCAGAAGGACAAAGUCGGUCCGAAACGCAAUCUUGACCUCCCAGGCGUGGCUGCCCUGACCUGCGCCCUCAUCCUAUUCGUGUACGCGCUAUCCGAAGGUGGCGAUGCAGGCUGGCAAUCUGCGCAGGUCAUCGCCACCCUGGUCAUAUCUGUCGUUCUCUUCGUGGUCUUCUUCCUAAUUGAAAGAUUCCAAUCCGACCCCGCUCUCCCGCCGCGUACAUGGCGAACCAAGAACUUCACGCCUCUCUUCUUCUGCUGCUGGAGUCCCUACUGGUGGCUCUUCGUCUGCGCAGUCAACAUCGUGCAGCUGCAUGUGGACGUCUGGGGUGUCUCUCUAUCUUCCACCGCCAUCCGCUGCAUCCCCAUCGGAAUCACUGGCGGCAUAUCGUCUGUGAUCGUGGGGCAGCUCGCGCACAAAGUCCCCCGGCGCGCGCUUCUCACCGUCGGCCAAGUUUUGCAGGCAGCGGGCGCGGUUCUCUUCGCACUCGCUGAUGCGCCGAGCAAGUACUGGUCGCGUAUCUUUCCUGGGAUCAUCGUCGGGAUGGUCGGGAUGGCUUGCUCGUAUGUGGGGUCGACGGUCUCAAUGAUGGAAAGCGCGCCGUCCGACCAGCAGGGCGUCGUGGGCGCAGUCAUGUCGACCAGUUACCAGAUCGGUGCCACAAUUGGCUUAGCAGUAUCAACCACGGUGUCAGUCGAAAUUAGCAAGAAGCCAGGGUCAUCCCCACAGGACGGCUACACGGACGCGUUCUGGUCAGUCGCUGCAAUGAGUGGCCUUCUUGGACUGGUCGCCAUAUGCUUUGUACGUAGUUGAGCCCAUGGCC